AACAAAGCAAAAUCUUGAACAAAAACGCACUUUGAACUCCAUCCUCGUUUAUUGUGCUUCUUUGAUAGUGACAUUGCGAUCGAGCCCGGUGAGAGUUUCCUCGGAGACCGCCAAAAUGGAUCUGGAGGAGGAUUAUCUGGACCUGUUGGCUUACAAGUCCUGGAAGAUUCGAAACAACAGGGCCGUGCCGUCGACUGUGCUCCAAGCAGGAUAUCAGGUGCCGCCGCCGUUCUCGAAAGACUCUCCAGACAAAGAUGGCCAAAAUUACGUUCUAAUGUUCUACGUGCUGUGGGGCGACGGCGAUUUAGUGAAAAAAAGCCUUUACACGAAACUGUUCUCCACAAUGCAGCAUUUCUUCGCUUUUUAUCUUCCAUUGAGAACUCAUGAGGUUCAUGAUCCACGUCGUUUGAAUGCUGAAAAUGAUAUUUUGGAAAAGAGUGAUGGCAAGAGUAUUGAGGAAGUCGCGGAUUUCCUUUCACACUGCCACACAUUGCCCAGAAUUUUGGCUCACUUGCUGGCGGAAGUGGAGACAGCCAGGGAUUUUGAUUUGAACAUGUACAGGAGUAAAAUACAGCAGAUAAACAGCAGAGAACUUCCUGGUCGUGAGUUCCUCUUCAGCCCUUGGGUGCUUCUGCAGCUUCCUUUUGAACCUGUCAUUUUCCACCAGUGGCUGGCCCUGGCGUUGCUCGAGACAUUCAAGGUCCACGCAGCCCUGGCGCCGCUCACCAUCGUCCACCUGACCAAGGAAAGCCAGCAGCUUGUGUCAUCGGUGACGAAAUUGGCCGUCGACCUGGCCCUCAAUGUUCAACACUGUUUUGAUCACCUGGCCAUGAGCUUCCAGAAAAACCCUGAGGAGAAAAAGGGUGUGAGUGACGUCUUCAAGUUACGAGUGCCCAAAAUCUUGUCGGCCCUGGAGUUCUUUUCGACUGAAACUCUGAAGGUGCUGCAGGAAUUCGGCGUCCUCUGCAGACCCUCUCUGAACAACCUGGUGCCCAACGAGUGCCGCUUUGCCCUGGAAGAGUCCUGGUCCAACUUCAGCAACAUGUACUCGUUCCGGUUUUGGGCCCAUUGCGCAGAUCUGCGCCAGCUUUUCGAGUCCGGAGUCUCUGGACCGAAGCCACCAGACAAAAUGGAUGACGUCCCACCAAUUCGAAAAGACAAGCACUUCAAGCAGUUCCUGAUGAAAGACCUUUUUAACGUUUGCUACAACUAUGGUCUGCAAAUUCUUCUGCCUGCCCAUCUGGUGUCUGAAUUUGUCUCCAAAGAUUUUUGGGUGACCCUUCGAGAAUCGGAGGCUGCGGUGUUUCUGAAGCUCCUAUUUCAUCAACUCAUUCACUUCAAAACAAUUGAGAUGCGCAUGAGGGGUCUUGCUAAGAAUGAUGGGCCCAGUGUUUUCACGGAAAAUUUGAUUCAACACGCAGUUUUAAAAAUGAAAAUUGUUAUGUCAAAAGUAACAACUGUGCUUCUCGACAUCCUUCUUUGCCAAAAGCAGGCACAAAACAUUCAAAAAAACCUUUCUACAGUGUCAAUCUACGUCAGUCCAAAGAGGUCUCCUGUCAACGUCAAGAAAGUGGAUGACCCUUUCAUCAAAGUUGAACAGGACAUCAGGCACAAGAUCAAGAGGGCCAAGAAGAGUAGCCGCUACUGGCUGUACUUCAACAUUUUCUACCGCCUCCGAAAAUUUGGACUCAAAGAUCAAUCUGCUGAUGCUAAAUUAACUGACAAUUUGGCGCAGACGGUUUUGAAAAUGUACACCGAUGAGUUUGAAUUGGACGACCGUAUGGUGCAUCUCGAGCGGCAAAUGCUGCACUACAUUGGACCAUGUUUGCUCGCCCUUGUGAAGAAAGUGAUGGAGACCAACCCUGGUAUGAGAGAUUUCCUGAUUACUUUCACCUCCGUCUUCCUCGACUCCUUCGAGCGGCAGCCCUUUGUGCUUCCAAAAGGGUACAUCCCAAAGAGCUCCUUCCUGCAGCAACAGGUUCUCCAAGUUUUCUACAAAAAUGCAAGCCAGGGUUUCACCAGGACUGUGGACUUUCAGUUCAACUCCUCGACUUCUUUCGGCUCUCUGUUGAUCUCUGGUCUCAAAGUGUUCCUGAAGGCCUUAAACCCAGCCUCUGCAGGAAAACCAUUCCCGGUCUACCGCAGUGGUCUAGACACACCUUCCUCAACCGCAUUGAAAAUGCCCUGCAAGUGGCUCAGGGUAGUGCAAACUACAACCUUCCACGCAUGGAGACCUUCGUGAAGACUGUU